AUGUAAGGAUAUUGCAGCCUCAACUGGAGUGUGUAAAUAAUAUUGUGCUUAAAAUUUAAACUCAAAUUCAUGCUAGUGUGGAACAGACUAAGUAGAAUGCCUAAGCUCUCUACAUACUGUGUGGACAUCAAUGCUACAUCAGGACAAUGUAAAUAGGCAUGUUCAGGAUCAACAGUGUCUGAUUGUAUAUGUGGAACCUCAAGUAAAUCCUAUUGUGAUUCAACUAAAUAAUGCUAGAGUAAUUCAUGUGUAUCUGUUGCGAAUUGUUCUUCAAUUAACUAAAAUAACUGUUCAUGUGGUAGUUCAUCAAAACAAAAUUGUGGUUCAACUACUUAUUGCAAAGAUCCAACUGCAGCCAGUGGAGUUUGUGUUAAUAAAUGUUAAGGAUCAACUGUAAAUAAUUGUAUUUGUGGAUCUUCAACAGUAUCAUAUUGCAGUUCAACAUAAAGAUGUGAAGAUAAUAUGGCUAGUUCAGGUAAUUGUUUGGAUAUAUGUACUACUAAUUUUUAAAGUAAUUGUUCAUGUGGUUAAAGUCAAUUUAGUAAUUGUAAUAAUUCUAAAUAUUGUGUGAAUGCUUCUGCUUCUAAUGGGUAAUGUUAUGAUAAUUGUACAGAUAGUGUUAGAUCAUCUUGCAUUUGUGGAAUUGCAACAAAAUAAGUUUGUUCUAACUAACAAAAAUGCCAAGAUCCAACUUCUAAUGAUGGCAAUUGUAUUACUAUACCAAAUUGCAUUAAUAAUUUUGAUAACUCUUGUUUAUGUGGUAUAACUUAGGUUUCUUAGUGUUCUUAAUCUACUUAUUGCACUAAUGUAUCUGAUUCAACAGGAGUUUGCAUAUAAAAUUGUAAUCAAAAUUUAAAGUCUAAUUGUAUUUGUGGUUCAGUUAAUAAACUUAUCUGUUCUAAAACUUAAGUAUGUUAGAAUCCUAAUGAUAUGAAUGGAUAUUGUAUAGAAAAAUGCGUUACGAAUUUAUAAACAAAUUGCUAAUGUGGUAACUCUGUUACUCCUUUUUGUGGUUCAAAUGAACAUUGCCAUGAUGUUUAAUAACUUACAGGUAACUGUGUUAAAUAAUGUAAUUUAUUUGAAAACAAUUGUGUUUGUGGAACAUCAUAUUAUUCACAAUGUUCAUCUACCACAUAUUGUUCAUCAAAAUCAGAAGGAAUUUGUUUAGAUUACUGUUCUUACUAAUCUUCCAAUUGUAUUUGUGGAAACAAAGUCAAAUAGGUAUGUUCAAAUGAAGAAAAAUGCGUUGAUCCAAAUUCAGAUAAUGGAAUUUGUAAUUAAGGAACUUGUACAUUACAAUUUUAAUCAAAUUGUACUUGUGGUUUAAGUAAUCAAGCUUAUUGCAAUAAGAAUUAAUAUUGUUUAGAUUAGACAGCACUCAUUGGAGUAUGUUAUGAAAAAUGUAAGUAAAAUUAAAAUAACUGUUUAUGUGGAAUAGAUUCUAUAGAUAUAUGCCAUGCUUCAACAUAUUGUAUAUUGCAAUCUAAAGGUGUUUGUAUGUCAGAAUGCUCUUCAACUAAUUAUCAAAAUUGUUUGAUAUUAUCUGAAAACCAAAGCUUGUCUUGA